UAUUUUCAUACUCAACUAUUCUUCUUCUUUACAUUUUCUUGCUUAUACCUUACAAUCCUUGGAUCAUUAAAUUAAUCACACUACUUAAUUAUGGCUUCAACUUCACUUAGCAAACACAAGCCUUGUGAUUCAAUUUGGACACCAAAACAAAACAAGUUGUUUGAAAAAGCACUUGCAAAAUAUGACAAGGAUACUCCUGACCGUUGGCAAAAUGUAGCAAAAGCAGUUGGUGGUAAAUCAGUUGAGGAAGUUAAGAGACACUAUGAGUUACUCUUGGAGGAUCUUAAACAUAUUGAGUCUGGUCAUGUUCCAAUUCCAAACUAUAAAGUGUAGCAAAUUAAUUAGCAAUUUUGAUGAAGAAAAGAGGUAAGGCUUGUGAAGUAUUUAAAGCUGAGUGGAUUUGAAGCAAUGUAAUGCCUAUGUUCUCCAUGUCUCCCCCAUCCACCAUUGUAAUUUUGAUUAUUUUAAUAAAGGCAAAUGCUAAAUAGUGCCCCCGGGGCACUCU